AUGAAAGAUUACGUAACAACACUGCCUCCACAAAACAGGAACUUGGAGAAUACUGAAAUCGAUGCUGCUAUUGACUCCCUGGAAAUAGCAAUCACGAGAGCACUGGACAGUCAAAAGCAACCGAAGACAUCAAAAGACCGUUAUCAACAUCUUCCUGAACACGUGCAAAACCUGUACGCACAUAGACAACGGUUAAAGAAGCGUCUCCAAAGGAUUCACCAGCGGGAACUGAACACAUCAAAUCCAAACUACCGAACGCUGUGGAGUGAACUUCAAUGCACCAAUAUCAUGCUGCGAAACUCCAUUCAGCACUUCAACAACACACAAUUCCAGAAGAGACUACAGUCAAUAAAGCUCGGACCUGAUGCCUUCAAGAACAUCAACCGAAUCGUCGGUCAGAAGUCACCAAUCCCGGAAUUCAUAAAUACUAACAAUGGAGAAGCAACGACAUCGCAGGAAAAAGCAGAAGCAUUUGCAGUCCACUUCGAAAGUAACUUCACACCGAAUUCUUCCGUAGUCCCGGUCUUCUUAGAGGAAGUCGAAGCAUUCAUCCAAAGGACCUUAUUGCCUAACAACGAUAAAGCAACCUUCAGCGACUCCAAUCCUGCAAGUGAACCAACUGAAAGCCCAAACCUGAAUACUCCAGAAGAGAUUGCCGAAAUAAUUAACCUAUCCAAACCGAAAAAAUCAGCUGGACCGGAUGGUAUCUCCAACUUCAUCAUAAAGAGGCUCCCGGAAACAGUGAUAAUCUUCUUAGCUAUCAUCCUCAACAACUGCAUAAACAACUGCUACUUCCCACAGAAAUGGAAAACUGCAAGAAUUGUGGCGAUUCCUAAGAAAGGUGCUAGGAACAUCAUCUCCAAUUACAGGCCAAUCUCUCUUCUCAACAAUCUUAGUAAGCUCUUGGAAGAGCUGACACUCAGGAAGCUUAAAGAAGUUCUGCAGCGAUAA